AUGAUUAUUCCUAUUCGAUGCUUUACGUGUAACAAGACCAUUGGGCACAUGUGGCGAAGAUACCUCGAAAUCCUGGAAAACUACGAUAAGGAAGAUGGAGCCGAGGAGUUGGGGCUGAAGCGAUACUGUUGUCGAAGAAUGUUGCUUACACAUGUUGACUUGAUCGAAAAGCUCAUGGUUUACAACCGUAAGUUACUGCUCGCAUGUUUUCUGUAG